UCUUGGACUGCAGCUUAUCUCAACUUUUCGACCAAUCCCAAUUCUCGCUGCAGCUAAGCUACAGAUUGCAAGUGCUUUUCGGUAUUUGAGGCAUGGAACUCAUGCAAGGGCGGCCGGUGGAGUGCGGAGAUAUCACGAGCGGCACCACAUAGCGAACGUAAUGGGGAGUUUCGCCUUCCGUGUCACAUCGAGAUCGUUGCCUCCUACUCAGCCCUGCAAGGGUUGGCCCAGUACGGCGACUUUACUCAGCUCAAGGGGCAAACCGAGAGGCGAUGGAACUCCUGAAAAGAACCGAGCCAGAGGACCGAGUGUUCUUCGCACCUUGCGAUAAGAAUUACGCAUCACGGGCACCUCAACGAUGGGAAUCAAGAAGACAGCAGCGUCUCAAGAUGCCUCUCAAGACAAGGUCGCAGUGCACGGCGCAGACAGCAACUCCGACGAUGACCGACUCGACAUCCUCGGCUACAAGCAGGAGCUUCGUCGCAACCGUUCCAUGACCACGCUGCUCUUUCAAUCGCUUGCGAUAGCCGCGAUUCCCUACGGCGAAGGAGGUCCUCUCAUAGGCGCCAUCUACGGCGGCGGGCCGAUGUCGAUCUUUGUCGGCUGGAUCGUUGUCUGCAUCCUAUACCAGUGCGUCGCCCUGUCUCUCGCCGAGCUCGUGUCGCGAUAUCCGACCUCCGCCGGGCCCUACUACUGGUCGCAUCAGAUAGCGCGCGACCACAAAGCCAUCGUCUCCUUCCUCACCGGCUGGGUGUGGAUUAUCGGCAACUGGACGGCCAUCCUCUCGACCAACUUCGGCUUCGCAUCCAUGCUGUCGGCCGCGAUCUCCCUGGUCCACCCCAGCUGGGACCCGAACAGCUGGGAGCUUCUGCUGAUCUUCUACGCCGUCUGCGUCGGCACUUUCCUGGUCUGCACCUUCGGCAAUCGGUUCCUCCCCCACAUCGACUUCCUUUGCACGGUGUUCACGGCGCUGGCCAUCAUUGUGGUGUUGAUUGCGCUAUCCACUACCGCCGCGACCGGCCGCCACACAGCCGCCUACGCCCUCGGCCACUACGAUACGCACUUCUCCGGCUGGGGCGGCUUCACGUUCUUCAUCGGCCUCCUUCCGGCCGCGUACACCUUCUGCGGAAUCGGGCUGGUCACCUCGAUGACUGAAGAAUGCGUCUCGCCGGCGCGCAUCGUCCCCCAAGUCCUCAGUCUCAACAUCCCCGUGCUCGGACUGGCCGGCCUCCUGUUCAUCCUCCCCAUCUGCUUCACGCUGCCCCCAAUGGAAGAGAUUCUCACCGCGCCGGCCGGCCAAGCCCUCCCGUACAUCUUCCACCGGGUCAUGGGCACCGCCGCGGGAGGACUCGCGCUGACCACCCUGGUCCUCAGCCUGACGCUCUUCGGCUCGAUCAGCGCGACCGUCGCCGGCUCGCGGGCCAUCUACGCCUUUGCGCGCGACAACGCCGUCCCAUGCUCUCGCUUCUGGGCCCGCGUCCACGACCCCUACGCCUUCUUCACCUCCACCUCAGUCUCAGAGAGCAGCAGCAGCAGCACCCACAAAAACAACCCCGACAGCGUCCCCUUCAACGCCCUCCUCGGCGGCACCAUCCUCCAGCUGCUCCUGGGCCUCAUCAACCUCGGCAGCACAAGCACCUUCACCGCCUUCGUCUCCGUCAGCACCAUCGCCCUCUCCGUCGCCUACGCCAUCCCCAUCGCCCUGAGCCUGAUGAACCGCCGCGCGGAGGUCGCCCGCGCCCCCUGGACCUGCGGCCCGCUGCUGGGCCCCGUCGUCAACAUUCUCUCCCUGGUCUGGAUCGCCUUCGGCUUAGUGCUAUUCAGCCUCCCCACGGCGCUGCCGGUCACCCCAUCGUCGAUGAACUACGCCGCGGUCGUGUUGGUGGGGCUGUGGGGGUUGGCGUUCGCGUGGUACUGCGUAUAUGGACGCAAAGUGUAUAAAGGUCCCCCCCUGGAAUCGACCGGGCUCCGCUCGUCGGAACUCCGGACUAUCUUCUAGGCUUAGUACUCUAGAUGCAGGAGGUUUGGGUUUGGUGAGCGAGGUGGUAGGUAUACAGGACAUGUCAUGCGACUCCGCCUGAACCACAGCAGGAAAGGGGAUACA